AUGCCAAUUUUUGGUCGCAUUGACAGAAUCAUUUUGGACAAUGACGAUUGUCACUUUGUAGUUAAAAAGUUUAGUAGUGAGUAUAUUGCUCAAUAUGCUGGAUACAAACUUUAUGAAUCCGGACUAUCCAUACUUAUUGACUCUAAUGAUGAUUCGCAGUCAUCAGUUUUUAGCGGAUCAAUAUUAGAUGAAGCCGAAAUAAGAGAACGGGGGUUAAACAUUUCGCCAACAUUGUUUAGCAAACCUGAGCGGAAACGUAACCCACCAAAUUUUCAGCCAAGCAAUUUAUUUGAAGACAUAUCACCAAAUCACGAAGAAUUGACAACCAGAGAGCCUAUUAUUAACGAGUCGUCGCAAGGAGAGAUCAUUAACCAAAUCUCCGAUCCAAUUCCCAUAGAGAUUGAUGGCUCAUUUCUGCAAUUACAUAGUACCGAUGAAUUAGAAUCUGGACCAUUACACCAGAUUAACUUCUCGAACAACAAAUCCAAUGUCCUGAACGUUCCGACCAUCCAGAAAAAAUUUUAUGGAUUCAGCAUCCAGUCCGUGCUUUUGGGAACCGAAUCCACUAGAAGAAUUUUAAAUGAAAAAAUUCCGGCCAAAAGGAUGCUAAUCCGGGAAGAUAGGAUUGCAGUGACUAAUGCGUUGGUUGAUGCUUUGAUAGCAAAUUUAGGAGUUAGUCCAAGCAAAGAAGCUUUACAUCAAUUAGCAUUGGAUUUAGUGACUAGUUAUCCAGAACUAGGAGAUUCUAGGAAGAAGAAUUUUGGAUCUACAAUGUGGUUCCAAAAUAUCACUCAUGGUUCAGGAUCACCAGGUUAUUUAAUGGAACGCAUUAAAAACCAGCGCAAGAAAUUGGAGUCACGUAAAAACACCGACUAUCAUGACGAGACAGAUAUUUUGUCCUAG